AUGACAUCAAAAAAAAUAUUGAUUUUGAAUACAUUCCUGUUCAUCUUAAUGGAUUUGGCAACGAUUUCAAUCUUGCUUUUUGAAUCAGUUUAAGAAGAGAUAGGAUAAAUAUUAAUGAUUUCAUUGAUAGUUGGAUUUGGAUUGUUUGUAAUAUUAUAACAGAUUCUUGUUUAUACUGAGUGGAAAUUGAAUAUAAAAUACAAAUUAAAUUUGGUUUCAUUUUUUGGAAAGAUCUUUAUUGUUUGGAUUGUGGGUGUCAAAUUGUGCACUAAUCAAUAUCUAAUGAUUUUAUUCUAAAUAUAUAUGACUUCAGAAUGUUAUAGAGGAAAUUCAUUAUAAUACUUGUUUAUUUUUAUGAUGAUUCUAAAUUUAUUCGAAUUCAAAAAGUUUAUAAAUUUUGGAUAUGAUUAACUCAUAAACUCAAUGUAAAUUAUUAUAUUGAUUGUUCAACAUUUUUAUUAAGUAAAGAAAUUAGAUGAUAAAUUUCAAUAAUCAUAUGGACAAGUAUCAACUGGAGGUGGAUAGAUAUAAUAAACCUUUGCAAUGAUACAAGAGUCUAGAAGAAGCAUUCAAAUUAUAAAUUCAUUAAAAUUGAUGGAGGAUGAACCAUGGUUAGACCAGUAAGAAUAUUAAAUCUAAUUAGAAAAUGGUUAUAAUAUGAGAAGUACCUAGUAUUGAGUAGAGAUUUAAAGUUGAAAUUUUAUAGUUUUGAUGUCAAUAUUUUGAGUAAAUCUUAAGAACUAACAGAAGAUUAGAAUGAAAUUGUUGAUUAACUUUUAGAUUAAGGAGUAAAGUUUAUAUCAAGACUAGACAAUAGUCAAAACUCUCUCUUCUGUCAAAAAGGAGUUACUACAUUGAGGUAAGUGUUAGAGAAUUAGUUGUAAACAUAGAUUAAUUACGAACAUUAUUAUUAAACAUUUCAGAUGCAGAGUCAUACAUUAGAUAUACAAAAGUAUUUAGUAAAUGUUUUUGGUUUGAUGGGUAGAUCAUAAAUGUAUUAUGUAAUGCACUUUUAACUUGUACCAAAACUAGCAAUUGAGAUAAACACUAAUAUAUUCGAUAUGUGUAAAUCCCUUUCUCAUGAACUAGGAACUAAUCUCAAUUGUAUUCAAAGUUUAUCAGAAAUAGCCUUACAAAAGUCAUCUAUCACUCAAGAUAUAAAAGACAACAUUAUUUAACCCAUUUUCACUAAUAGUUAAUAAUUAAAUCUAAUUAUUUCCAAUAUAAGAGAUUAUAGUUCAAUAGAAACUGAUCAAUUUUAAUUGAGUCUUUAAACAUUCAAUAUUCUAGAUGAAAUCAAAUAAAUUACUGACUUCUUUCAACUUACUUGUUAAUAAAAAGGAAUAAAUUUGGUUUUACCAACUGAAUCUUGUAUUAUUAAUUCAUUAUUAGUUCCUAUUUUUAAUGAUCGAGAUCGAUUUCGCUAAGUAAUCUUUCAACUAGUUUCUAAUGCUGUUCGUUUCACUAUUACUGGAACUAUCUAAAUUUUGAUCAAAUAAAAAGAUUUAUCAUAUGAAAUUAUUGUUUCAGAUACUGGAAUAGGAAUGGUUAGCAAUUCUACUUUUAAAUUAGGUUAGUUAAGAGGAGAAUAAUCUUAGAAGAAUCUUAGAAUAAAAAGUAAUGCUGAGAGUAUCAGAAAAUAGUAUAGGUUCAAGUCUAGGCCUAUUUAUUAGCAAUUUAUUAGUCAAAAAAAUGAAUGCUGAUGAAGAUUGCAAAAUUCAAUUCCAUUCUAACAAAACAGGAUCAUCUUUCUAUUUCUCCAUUAAAAACAUGUCCGAAUUCAAAGAUAAUAUUAAUAAACUCUAAUAAGUUAAAUUUCAUAGAACAAUCGUAAAGUUCUAAACCAUAAAUUCUUACUAUGAAAAUAUUAAUGAUAUCUAAAUAAAAUUUGGUUAACCAACAUUUAAAUCUAUUACUAGUGGAUAAUCCAAUUAAGAUGAUGGCAAUAUUACUGUUUAUUCAAAAGAAAUUGAAGAAAAUAAAUAAACUCUUCAACCUCUCUAAUCCCUUAUACCAUAACUAUAAGAUACUAUUUAAGCUUAUUCUCUUAAAAGCACAUGUUGUUCAAGAGUUUUAAUCGUUGAUGAUGAAUAUUUUAAUAUUAUGGCAUUGUAAAUGUUAAUGCAAUAAUAUUCUGCCAUUUGUGAUAAAGCUUAUAAUGGAAUGGAAGCUAUUGAAUAAAUAAAUGAAAAAUUAAUUAAUCCUUGUUCAAAAUGUUAAAACAGUUGUUAUUAAUUAAUCUUCCUUGAUAUUAAUAUGCCAAUUAUGGGUGGAAUUGAAACUGUUAAAAUUAUUAAAAGAAUGAUGAAUAAUAGAAUAAUUAAAAAGGUUUAUGUUAUUGCCAACACUGGAUUUAGUGAUUUGGAAACUAAGGAAAAAGCAUAUGAUGCUGGUAUAGACUUUUUUAUGACUAAACCUUUAAAUAUUAUGAAUUUUAAGAGUAUAGCAUCCAAAAUAUUCCCAAAAGGAUGA